AUGUUCAAACGCGUGGCGAGACGCCAGGAGAGACAGGAGCGCGAUGAGGAGAUGGGUCUGGACGCGGAGACUAAGGAGGUCCUAGGGCUGCAUGACACGGACUCGGAAGAGUCAUCUUCGAGCUCGGGGUCGGAAGACGACUCUGACGCCGAAGAGGAAGUGGGCGGAGUUAUCCCUGUCGUGGAAAGCGAGACUGAGGACGAGGACGAAGACGAAGGUCUCUCCGAACACGACGAGGGUAGCGAGGAAGACGCACAUUCAGAUGACGAUCAGGAGCCGCAAUUAUCUGUGGCAGAAGCCCUGAAAGACCCGCUCUACCUCAUUUCCCUCGAACCCGAAGUCAGGGCAUGCAUAGCUUGCCGGGGCAAGCUACUCAAGAAUGCCAUUAUGUGUGAGGUGCACCGCUCCUCUAACGCACACGUCCGUCGUUACAAGCGAUUUACCGAGCUAGCACAGCAAGCAGGACUAGAGACAGAUGUUCGGGACAUCGUAUCCCAGCUCAGUGCGGGACCAGAGAAAAGCGCCGACGCCGCCGUUUCAAGACGUGCAAAGAAGCGGCAAGACAAAUUGGCGAAGGUCAAAGCCAAACGUGAGAAGCAGAAGCAGAUGAAAGCCAAAGGCAUCGCGGGGAAGAAGGAACGAGCAGCGAAGGCCACAGCAGGUGCUCCCGAAGCCGAGGGCGAGGCGAAGCCCGCUACUCGCCCGGCAAAGAAGCGCAAGCUUGAGGAGGAGGGUGACGCUCAGCCCACUGGCACCGACUCCAAGCCGAGGACGAGCGAGCAGACUACAAAGUCACCGGCCGCGACGGCAGAAUCGCUUGAGCUGGUGAAGAAAAGCAAGGCCGAACGGAAGGUACACGAAGCCAAGUCGCCUAUGAUCAAAUCAUCUUCACCCAGCCCGCCUGAGAAGGCACGACAAUCCCUGCCGUUGAAGCCACCGAAAAGCGCAAUGUCCACCAAGGACUCAAGACCGAAGGCCUCUAAGCCGGCGCGAGUGACCAAAGGCUCGGACAAGUCCAGCGUUCUCUCCAAUGGAAAGAAGCGGAAACGGCUCCAAAAGGACACAGCUUGA